ACUACGGUGCGGGCGGCAAACAGGAGGGAAAUUUAAACGUCAGGACAAACAGCUGAAGUGAGCCGCAGACACAACGUUACACUAAACUGAUGUCAAAAUGUCCAGUUAGACUGGAAGCGGCGUAUAUAUCAAGUAAUCCAUGACUGCUUUCGAAAGCAGUAGCGAUAGCAAAGCAUCGUUGUUCGCCGCACCAUGGAGACUUACACGGACCAGAUUUUAGACUCACCGUCUAAGAACAGCUACAUAGGGAGCUACUACCAGCCUCCAGACCGGAUUCUGUCUGUACCAAAAGUUAAAGAGACGCCUGUGCCUCCUCCAUUGAGCUUGAACCUGCAGGGCAUCAGUCCUCAGGUGUCUCGGGCCACACCGACUGUCGAUAGCAAAGCUGUCAUUGAUGCACUGAGGACCCUCCAGGAGAAGAUCAAGCGGUUGGAGUUGGAGAGGAAGCAAGCAGAGUUGACUUUCCAGCAGUACUCGCAGGGGACUCGUAAGUCUGAGCAGCACACUGCAUCAGCCAGCGCGCACAGCCAAGCACCAGUCAACCUGCCUGAGAGAGAGAGCACCGGCAGGAAAGAGCUUGGCUCACAGCUGCAGUCCGCAGAAGCUCGAUGUCGGGUCCUUGAGAAGCAGCUGGACUAUAUGAAGAAGAUGGUGGAAAACGCUGAGAAGGAGAAGAAUGCUCUGACCGAGAAACAGGCUUCACUUCAGAAUGAGAAGCCAGCAAGCAGCACAAGCAACCAUACUCAGAAACUGGCGAAACUGGAAAAGGAAUGUCUUAAAUUGAGCAAAACCCAAACUCUGGCAGAGAUGAAACUUGCAGCUCUGGAGCAGAAGCUAUUGAAAGAAGAACAUGAGCGUAAACUUGUGCAGGAGAAAGCAGAUGAGCUACAGAGGGAGUUGGACUUAAACCUUCAACUGUGUCCACCAGCUACUGAGGAGACCAAACCAAGGAGGAAAACUAAAACUACCCCCAAGAGAGCUUCUAGACAGAGUGAACCAGCAUCACCAAGCUGCUUGAAGGGCAAACGAAUGCCGUUUGUCGCAGGAACGUCGACGAGCCCCAGCCAUUCAGUCCAUGCCAACGUCCAGGCUAUCCUUCACAUGAUGAAGCACCACCAGCCCCAGCUGUGUGAGCGAAUGCACUCUCUGCAAACUAGAUCCAGCUGUGGAGCUAAGAGAAACCUCCGCAGGGACUUGUCUUCAUCCUCCAUCACUCCUCAUGAGCCUGUGCAGGCGGCCCCGUCGCUGGGCUCUCUGUCUGACCUGCUGCUGGCUCUGCAGGACGAGCUGGGACAGAUGAGCUUUGAACACCAGGAGCUGGUGCGACAGAUAGAUGCGACACAUGAUCGGGGGCUCAGGGACGACCUGGAGAGGGAACUGGAGGGAUUGGUCAACAAAAUGGAGGAGAAGGGAGCUCAGAUCCUUAAGCUCCGCAAACACCAGAAGGCGGUCCUCAAACUGACCCAGCAAGCAGGAAGCAAUGAGCUGAAAGCUAAGAAGGCGAAUGGAAACAGGCCGCCUGUCCCGUCCCCCAUUAAAGCUCAGCAGCACGGACGCAAGGGCGGCGCAACUCACAACCUGCAGCUUCUCAGAGAGACCCAGAGGUUUCGCAACAGUCUGAAACAAGAUGACCUUUCCUGGGAAACAUGAGGAGCUCUGAAAGACCCUUCUCUGUGUGCAGGCUUUGAUCCCGGUGCUGGUUGUUUGACAAAACACUCUCUAUGGUUCCUUUCAGCCUGAACCAGCUAUUUUUCCUUUGCUUCCAAACGAGGAGAAGAGGGAAUGAAACAGGGUUUGUUUUAUGCAGGUCUUAAUCAUGCAGCCUGCUGAGCACUGGGUGAAUGAUUUACAGAAAUAAAAGCAACAGUGCCUCUCAGUUGGAAAUGGCUGUUUAUUUUGAACUAUGACCUUAACCAGGCUGAUCAGUGAAGAUGUUUUGAAAGUGAUUGUGACUCACUAAGUAUAUUUAUUAUUGUCUCAGAUGAAAUUCAGCUGUUUCUCAAGUCAUUGAUUCUGUUUGUAACAUUAAAAAUUUAAAUAAAGCAUUUUUAAAACGA